GUCGUUUCCGUCCCAUCAAGAACUUCCGUCAAAAUGGCCAAGUCGAAGAACCACACGAACCACAACCAGAACUCCAAGGCCCACAGGAACGGCAUCAAGAAGCCGAAGACCAACAAGUACCCUUCCCAGAAGGGCGUUGACCCCAAGUUCAAGCGUAACCAGCGUUACGCCGCUCUCGGUACCCAGAAGGUCAUGAAGGCUGUCAAGGACCAGAAGGCUUCCGCCUAAAUUUCUUG